CCAUCAGCGCGAUGUGUCCUUUGACCUUGAGCAAUACCUCGACGACAUCAACCCCCUUGGAGAGGACGGCAAGUCCACGCCUGGCACCUCCCCUUGCAGGUCCGUCUCGAGCACCUCCCCGAUCAUCGACAUGUACAGUGGGAAGUCGACACCUGGUCUGUCGCCGCUUUCAAAGUCGUCUUCUCAAAGCAUGCCUCUUGUUGAGCUGUAUACCACCGGGUCAUCAAUCUCGACCCUCAGCAGCGUGCUCACCUCGGAUUCGACUGCUACAGUGACUUCGUUGAGUGACAGCAUCUCGGUGAGCGCCUUCUCCAUCCACGAAGCUAGGCGUGAGGUCCCCAAGUCGGCCAAGGCCACGUCCUAUCGUAUCCCGGACCGGACCGUUGUCGAAGCGAUCGACGAUGCAGACUUCCCUGCCCUUCUGCCGCCACUCUCUUAUCCACGGCACGCCAAGUCAAUGCCGAACGUCAACGACUCCUACACACGCAUGCCCAACAGAAAGCGGCGUCCUCGCUCCACGAAAGACUUCCGACUUCUCCCCGCGUUCGAACUCGAGGCACAACGGAUGGAGGUUGAGCACCGAAGUGUGAGCGACAGCGGACACGCCCGGCUGGAGCGCUCGUCUACCUUGGUCAAGGGGUACACUUUCCCGCCCCGGCCGGCGCAACCAGACAGCCCCGCUUUCGACGGGCUGUCGCCUCGGCGCCCUUCCGUUGAUGACGGAGACCGCUCUCGCAGGCAAAAGUUCCGCCAGUGCGUGAUCGUCGACGGCGAGCGCGUUUCGCCUCCCACCUCCCCCAAGGAAGCCCCUCAGGAUAUCACUGCUCUCGGCGCCAUCCUCGCAUUGUUCCAACCGGGUUCGGACAGCGGGACUGAUGCUGUCGAGCGAGCUCUGCUCAAAGCUGUCAAGAAUGAAGAGCAGCGGCUCGAGGCCAUGGGUGAGAUGUUUGACGCGGAAGCGCGCGCGCGGCUGGCGUGGCUGCUUGAGCAGGUGGGGCAGGAGCUCUCCCGCCCUGACCUUGUUUGCGCUGUCGACCGCGUGCUGUACACAAUCUCGUCGCCUACUCGGCCACUGGGUCGAAGCCCAUCGACGUACAAGGUGUCUACUCCUCGCAACCGGCUGUCGCAUCAGCACCGGCCAUCUGUCAGCUCGAAGCCUCUCAGCAUUGUUGUGCCUCCAAGGGAGCACGCCGGCAUCGAGCUGGAGGUCGGUUCCCCCGCCAUGCACCCAGCCACAAUACGCACCUAUGGCCUCUGUCCAGGUUCCAGCAGCCCGCCCAUCAGCGAGAGCGACGAGGAUUCACUCGAGUUUGACGCUACACCAACUGUGACAGACUAUGCGUUCCAUACUCCGCCACUGCGCAUCUGUCGCAAUCUUCAAGGUCAGUCGCCGCUACUUCACCGCCGCUCGGCGCUCCGCCACCGCAACAGGCACAGUCCGUCCACUUCCACGCCCUCGCCGACCAACACUCCUUCAACAAGUCCCAACACGACUCCAACGGCCUCACCAUCGCCGCUGUCCACCCCAAUAAUCUACCAGUCAUCUCGCACAUACACGACGAGUAGUUUGAGCCCGCUCAUACAUGCCGAGGCGGCGCUCAAACAACCACCCCUUUCGCCGCCGGCUUCACGCUUGGUACACGCACUAUAGUUUCCCAGGACAUUCACGAACUACUCCUGCUUCAAAUACACGCUGUUGGUUUUCCACACUCGCUCGCGAUCUACGCCAUCGCAUCUACGAUACAGUUUCCUGCCAGCAUCGCGACUUGCAGCAUCUGGUCAAAACACACGCUGUCCGGCGCUGCCGCCGCAUGCCCUGCUUCUGGUUGAAAAUCUCUGCCUUAUCACAGUGCCUAUAGUUUUUCUACUUUGUGUUUCUUGACACACCCACUAUAGUUGAUAGAUCGUUUCGUGCAUUCAUCUCGUAUUAUGCCAUGAAACAAGAACAUGGUUG